AUGAUAGGAUAAAUUUUAGAAUAUAGAGGUAGAUAUUCAGAAGCUAUUGAACAUUAUAAAUAAGAUAUCAGUCCAAGUUGUUUAUUUAAUUGUGCAAUGUUAUAUAAAAUCUAAUAAGAUAAAGAGAGAAGUUCAUUAGAUAAAAGUGGUUUUGAAAAAUUAUAAUUUUAAUCUCCUUAAUAACUUGCUAUAACUAGUUUUAGAAAUUUAGCUUAAUCCUAAAAUUAGUAUAAAAUGAUUGCUUAAAUGUUUUAAUAAGUAUUAUUAAGACGUUAAAAUUAAUAACUAUUAACAGAAAAAAUAGAUGGGGAAAUAGAAUAUGUUAACACUGUUUAAAUAAAUUAUAGAUUGACAUAAUCAACAAAAUCUUUAGAAUAAAAAUUUAAAGAAGAUUCUUAAAAUGAUUAAAUUAAUUAAGUAACUGAAUGCCAUACAAUAUAUAGAAGUUAUGAUUCUAGAAUUUCAGGAUAGAAAAUGAUGGUUCAAUCAUAAAUGGCUGAAAAUAUUGAAAGUGAUUCCAGUAGUAUUCAUGAUUAAUUAUCAAAUGAAGAUAAUAUGUUAUUGAAAAUGUAAUUCUAUUUUAACUUUCCAGUUAGAAAAGAUAUUGAAUUUUUUUAUCUUAAUUUAAAACAUGAUAUUAUAUCUGAAUAAGAUUUAUAUUUAGAAAGAACAUUAGAUGAAUUUGUAAAAAAAACAUAAUUUUUGAAAUAUGAAAGUUCUGAAUUAUUUAUAAAUAAUAAUUUAAAAGAAAAGAUUGGUUAAGGAGGAAAUAGUGAAGUUUAUAAAUUCUAUUUUUAAGGAUAAGAAUAUGCAGCAAAAGUGAUAUAAUUUGAAUAUAAAGGAUCAGGAGAAACAAUUAAUGAUGAUGAGAAAUUAGAAAUUUAAAAUAAACUUUUAGAAAUCUGUAUAGUUUGUGAUAUUACAAUGUCAAAGAUUAAAUAUUGUUUGAGAAUUGAACACUUAGGAUUCAAGUUUGAAAAAUUAUAAGGAUAAAUUAAAGUUUAUAAAAUUAUCCUUAUAACAAACUUCUACAAUAGUUAUUAAUAAUUAUCAGAAUGGGAAGAAAUUGAUAAAAUCAAAUAUGUUUAUAAAUUAUCAUUAGGACUUGCUAUUUUAUAAUUUGAUAAAGAGUUACUCCAUCUGGAUUUGAAACCUGAUAAUGUAUUAGUAGAUUCAGUCAAAAAAAAUCCUGUAUUAGCUGACUUUGGAUUGUCAAAGUAUUCUUAAUAAUCUUAUUUUCUUUCUAAUGGCCUAAAAUAAAUGACUAUAAAAUAUAUAGAUCCUGAUUUGGUUUACAAUAAUUUUUAAAGUAGGAAAAAUGAUGUUUAUUCUUUUGGGGUUUCCUUAUUUUAAUAUUUUUCUGGAAGUAUACCAUUUAAAGAACUUAAUUAUUAAUAAAUUCAUGGUUAAAUUAAAAAGUUUUAAGAAUAUCAUCAAACUGCAAUUAAAUAAAUCAACAAUGAUCUUAUAAGAAACUUAAUACUAGAUUGUACUAAGAGUAAAGACAAUAGAAUUUCUUUUGUCUAAGUUCUAUAGAGACUUUUUUUUUAUUUAUAUUAAAUAAACAAUUCAAAUGUAAAAUAAUUAAUUGAAAUUUUGUUUCAGUAAAUUGAAAUUUAAUAAAAUGAGAGAAAAAUUAAAUAUAUAUAUACUUAUUUAAAAGUAAUGAAAAAAUUUAUCAAAUAAAUAAAUAGUUUCAAACCAAUUAAAUUCAUAAAUAAAAUUCUUUAACGUUACAUAAUAAUUUCUUCUAAAGAUUCAGGUAAUUGCUUUCCAGAAAUAAUACAAAGAAUGAAAUAAUUUAUAAAUUGGGUAAUCUUAAAUGAGCAUGAUUUCGUAUUGAAACUUAUAGAUUUCGACAUUAAAACUAAUUAAAUUAAUUAAAAUGAAACGGAAAUCACUUUUAGUUUUUGGGUAGAAGAUGCAUAAAUAAUUUAAUAAGAUAGACUCAUCUUAUGGUAACCUUUUUUCAAAGAGAUUGCUACUAAUCUUUAAUCAAUUCAUAAUUAUUAAAUUUGCUAAUUAUAUUUACCAUUAUCAUAAAUAUACGAAAAGAAUGGAAAAAUUAAAUUAAAUUUUAUGGAAUACUCAUAAAAUCUUUCAAUUGAUUAAAAUUACUAUUAUAAUCUUGAUAGUAUACCAAUUGACCCUAAGAUUAAUUUAUCAAAGAAAUUUAGCUUAUUAAAUGAUGACUAUGCAUUUUGCAUUUUAAUUGAAUAAACAAUAAGAUAAAUUAAAUCUAAAUUAGAUUAAAAUGAACAAAAGAAGAUUUCUACAUUUGAACUUGAAAUUAAGAAUGAAAAGGAAACAAUAUCUUUAAAAUAAAUAAUUGACAAACUAUAAAAUUGA